AUGGACAUUAACCACGAUUCUGUCGACAACGUUUUAUAUCUUGCCGAUUCUUAUAAGAUUAGUCAUUACAAACAGUACCCUGUCGGGACAUCUCAUAUUUAUGCAUACUUCGAAAGUCGCGGCGGGAAGUUUCCGGAAGUUUGUUUUUUUGGUUUACAGUAUUUUUUGAAACGUUGGCUUGUCGGUCCUGUAGUUAACAAGAACAUGGUUGAAGAAGCAAAAGAUUUUUAUUUUUCUCAUUUUGGUGGACGUGAAAUAUUUAAUUACGAUGGUUGGAUGCACAUUGUUGAGAACCAUGGCGGAUGCCUACCUUUGAAAAUAAAAGCUGUUCCGGAAGGUACUGUAGUUCCAGUCAGAAACGUUCUUUUUACAGUGGAAAAUACCGACCCGAAGGUUCCUUGGCUUACCACGUGGUUUGAGACACUGCUUGUUCAAGUUUGGUACCCAAUGACUGUAUGUACUACAUCUCGUGCUCAGAAGCUGCUUAUUGCCCAGUAUUUAGAUGAAACUUCUGACACUAUUGAAGAAUUACCUUUUAAGUUACAUGAUUUUGGUUACCGUGGUGCGUCUUCUGUUGAAAGUGCAUCUAUUGGUGGAGCUGCGCAUUUGGUGAAUUUUGCGGGUACUGAUACUAUAGCUGGUGUGAAGUUGUGCAAGAAGUUUUAUUCAGAACCAAUGGCUGGGUUUUCGAUUCCGGCAGCUGAACAUAGCACUAUAACUGCUUGGCAAAAAUCUGGGGAAUCGGCUGCCUACCUUAAUAUAUUCAAAAGUUUUCCAUUUGGUCCUGUAUCUAUUGUUAGCGACUCUUACGACCUUUUUCAUGCGGUUUCUAACAUAUGGGGGGAAGAGCUAAGACAGUAUGUUAUAGAAAGGAGCAAGAAAGGUUCUUUGGUUAUCAGACCAGAUAGUGGCGACCCUGUAAAAGUAGUUUUGAAGGUUUUGAAUCUACUUGCCGAAAAGUUCCAAACGAAAUUGAAUAGUAAGGGAUAUCGGGUGCUGCCGCCUUACUUAAGAGUUAUGCAAGGCGAUGGCAUUUGCUAUGAAAGUAUCGCGCAGAUACUUGAAGAAUUAAAGAAAAAUAAAUGGAGUGCAGAAAACUUAGUUUUUGGUACUGGAGGCGCGCUCUUGCAAAAGCUGAAUAGGGACACUCAGAAAUGUGCUUUCAAAUGUUCCCACAUCAUUGUAGACGGAGAAGAGCGAGACAUUUGGAAAUGUCCAAAAACCGAUGUUACUAAAACUUCAAAGAAGGGUAGACUAACAUUGCAAAAAGAUCAAAAUGGAAAAUUUGUCACAGUCCAAGAAGGCCUUGGAGAUGAUUUGAAGGACCUAUUGGUUACAGUGUUUGAGGAUGGGAAGUUGCUGGUCGACUAUCCCCUCUCCGAGAUUAGGAGAAGAGCAGAGAUUGAUCUUGUUAAAAAGGGAAAGCAAAAUGAAAGCAACUGUGAAUAUAAGAAGAUAUUUAUUAGUGCACCCAUGAUUAGUUCCACCAAAUUAAUGACACUGUUACCAAGAAUUGAAAUAUGGGUGACAUUUGUCCGCUCAGUAUCACCAAAGCAACAGUUGAGCGGAUACAAGUUUCCUGAAAUUAAGAAGGAAGAAUGCAAACAAAAAUUUAUUUCUGGUUGGGGACCAGGGGGACAGAAGGUGAAUAAAGCACAGAACGCUGUUAUGUUAAAGCACAUUCCUACUGGCGUCACAGUUAAGGUACACGACUCAAGAGCUCUUUCUGAAAACAUCAGAAUUGCUCACGAAAGAUUGAAAUUUGCAGUCGAUAGAAAACUCAAUGGUCCAUACUCCUAUCAAGAACAGUUAAAGGUUCUGGAAAGGAAGAAGGAAGAAAAGAAUAGUAAGAAGAGAGCUGCUGCACGGGAAAUGGUUCAGAAAUUAAAGGAGGAAGCUGCAAAAACCUCCCCAGCUAAACCUGACAGUUUAUGA